UUCCCCCGCUCCGGCCGCUGGCCCGGGCCCCGCCGUCCGACCCUCGCUCCACGGCUGUGGAGGGACCAUGAGCGCCUUGCGGGACGUCUCCCUGCAGGACCCGCGGCUCCGCUACGAGCUCGUCCAGCGCAUCGGUUCCGGCACCUACGGCGACGUCUACAAGGCCCGUGACACUGAGACUGGGGAACUAGCAGCUAUCAAGAUAGUGAAACUCGAUCCAGGGGAUGACAUUGGAUCCAUUCAGCAAGAAAUCACCACACUCAGGGACUGUCGCCACCCCAACGUUGUGGCCUAUUUUGGCAGCUAUCUCAGAAAUGACCGUCUCUGGAUCUGCAUGGAGUACUGCGGAGGGGGGUCUUUGCAGGAGAUCUAUCACUCGACUGGCCCCCUCUCAGAAAAACAGAUUGCGUACGUCUGCAGGGAGACUCUCCAGGGACUCCACCACCUGCACACCAAAGGGAAGAUGCACCGGGACAUCAAGGGGGCCAACAUCCUGCUUACAGCCGACGGUGACGUGAAACUCGCGGAUUUCGGAGUCUCUGCAGAACUGACGGCCUCUGUGGCAAAGCGGAAAUCCUUCAUCGGAACGCCCUAUUGGAUGGCACCGGAGGUGGCCGCGGUGGAAAAGAAAGGCGGCUACAACCACUUGUGUGACAUCUGGGCCCUUGGCAUCACGGCGAUCGAACUGGCUGAGCUCCAGCCCCCCCUUUUUGACCUGCAUCCUAUGAGGGCCCUGAUGAUGUUGUCCAAAAGCAGCUUCCAACCCCCCAAGCUAAAAGACAAGACGUGCUGGUCUGCAGAUUUUCAUCAUUUCCUCAAACUGGCCCUGACCAAGAACCCCAAGAAGCGUCCCGUGGCAGAAAAACUCCUUCAGCACCCUUUCGUCUGCCAGCCUCUUGCUCGCCUGUUAGCCAUUGAGUUGCUGGACAAAGCCACGAAUCCUGACUUGGCAUCUGCUCCCCUGGAUGAUGGAGAUUUUGAGGCUUAUGAAAUCUUUCCUGACAAAAUCCGUUCGCGUCAGCAGCAUGGGCAAGUCGAAGGCACCCUCGCAGAGAUCCAACUUAAUCAGGUGAAAUUUGGUCCUCUGCUGAGAAAAGAAACAGAACCUUGGUGCAGUCUGAAGGAGGAGGAGGAGGAGAACUGGAUGCUUUUAGGAGAUGGAGAGAGUCUCCUUCAGUCUGUGGAAGAAGCGCUUGAGGAGAGGAGCUUAACAAUUCGCCCAGCAUGUUCCCCGCAACAGGCCCAGGAGGAGCAGCGGCCCAGUGGUACUGAUGAGGGUGACACAGGCACCAUAAGGAGAGGGCCUUUCUGGGACUUUCUCAACAUGGAGUUGGCAUAUAAGGCUCCUUGGGAACACGAAGAGGGCCUUGAGUGCCCAGACCUGGAAUGUCACAGAAAUCAGACCCUGCCAGAUCGGACAGAGUUGAAUAAUGCUCCGGAUACUGUGGCCUCUGGCUCUCCAAAACCUGCAGAUUCACUCCUCUCCACAGAGUGGGCCACCAUGAAGAGGAAAGAAGAGGCCACUAGGUUAAUUUGUCACGGGCUGCCGCCCACCCCGAAAGUUCACAUGGGAGCCUGCUUCUCCAAAGUGUUCAAUGGCUGCCCGCUGAAGAUCAAUUCAGCCACGACGUGGAUGCACCCAGAAACACGAGAUCUCUACUUGGUGGUGGGGGCUGAGGAAGGCAUCUACACCCUCAACCUGCAUGAACUCCAUGAAGACACCAUGGAAAAGCUCCUUCCACACAGGUGUUCUUGGUUAUACUGUAUGAAUAACGUGCUACUGACGUUAGCUGGGAAGUCUUCCCAGAUCUCCUCCCACAACCUUCUGGGUCUUUUUGAGCAACGGCGUCAGCUGCAGAAGCGGCAGGUUCCUCUUUCCAUCGCCACCAACCGGCUGACUGAGCGAAUCAUCCCCAGGAAGUUUGCACUGUCGGCCAAGAUAGCAGAUACCAAAGGCUGCUUGAAGUGUCUUGUGGUCCGUAAUCCCUACUCUGGGAGCACAUUCCUGUGUGCUGCACUUCCCUCCAGCCUUGCCCUCCUGCAGUGGUACGAGCCCUUGCAGAAGUUCAUGCUACUGAAGCACGUCCCCGUGGUGCUGCCAGCUCCCUUGACCUUGUUUGAGCUGCUGGUGGUGGAGACGGAGGAGUACCCGCAGGUAUGCUUGGGGGUCACUGGCAGUGACCAACCAGGUGCGGAGUUACAUUUCAGCACGCUUUCCCUCAGCACCGGCCUCAGCACUUCGAGCCCUUCUGGCCGGCCCCUUGUCAUGGCCAAUCACGUCACUCAGAUGGACCGAGACACUGUCCUGGUGUGUUUUGAGCGCUGUGUGCGGGUAGUGAACCUACGCGGUGCUCCUCGGGGAGGCCUUGCUCCUGAACUCACCUUCAAUUUCCCUAUUGAGACCAUUGUGUGCCUUCAAGACAGUGUUUUGGCCUUCUGGAAACAUGGCAUGCAAGGCCGAAGCCUGGAAUCUGGUGAGGUGACGCAGGAGGUAACGGACGAGUCCCGAGCGUUCCAGGUCUUAGGAGCCCACCGAGACAUCAUCCUGGAGAGCACGCCCACGGACAAUCCCACAGCGCACAGCAACCUCUACAUCCUGACAGGUCACGAAAGCAGCUACUGAGUGCCUUCUCCAAAGCUUUGCACCUCCUGGAGGUGCCUGGCCUUGUGGUGGACUGUCAUGAAGACGGCUGGCUGGCUGGCUGUGGCCCACAUCGGCCAAUCGCUGUGGGAACCCACUGGAAUGGAGUUGUGUGUGUGCGUGUGUGUGGAAGGCUUUCAAGCCCUCCCCACCACUCUCUACUGCUGCCAUAUACACUGGACAUAACAUUGGCUGGGCUCCCAUAUGUUCUUUGCUUGAGUCUUCCUGAGAUCUUGCUGUGCACUAGGAUGGGAGAGCCCUCUUCCCUGAUUCGGGCCAGCAUCUCCUGAGACGUUUUGCAAUAAUUUGACCACUAGUCAGUCCAAAGAGCGUAGCGGUCUCUCUCGACUGAUGCCAUGUGCCUGCUUGAACGCUUCCUAGUCCCCGUUUCCUCUUUUUUUUAACCCUUAGAAGUUGUCCAUCGUGACGCUGUGUAGGCAGGAUGACCUAGUCUAGCCUCCAGUGUGAAGACAAUCAUUCGCCAGGGGUGCAACCGGGCAUCGCACGCUUAGCACUUGAGCUUUAAUGUAAAGUCUUUCAGGGCACUUUGAAUUCUGACCUGUCCUCCUUAAAUUGGACACAGGGAAUACGUGGUUUUGAGGCUGGAUGUAUGAAUGCAUGAAGAGGGCAGGCCCAGGAUGGGCAAACUGGGUGACUGUGGCAGGAGGAGCACGUGUGGGUAGUUGGAUUUGCAUGCAUGUGUGAGUUUGAGCAGUCUGCUUGCCAAAUAUCCAAGCAGGAGGAGUAGGUGCCUCCAGAGUGCGGAUGGAUGGGUGGGGGAGGGAGGGAGAGAACUGGCUGAGAACAUUCAGCAAGUGGUCUGCAUAGCACAUGGGCAAAUUGUAGGCUAUCCAUCACCUUCUGAGCCCACUAAUCUCUUGUGGCUUCCAACCAAGCACUCUGAAGGGACUGGGGAUGUCUAAAAAAAAUUAGCUCUUUCACAAAAGUACAAUUACCAGCAUUCUUGAGAAAGGGGUGAGAUGGUUCAGCCAGUUUCCAUUGAGUUUAUAUUUUUGUAGCAUAGAUAUUUCCCUAAUGAAGGCUGGCACACAUGUAACCCACUAAGCCCAACCAGCCACUCACAUUGUAUUGCGGCUCCUAAGGGCAAGGCUCUCCCUGUCUUUGAAGCUCCAGCUAGGUAAGUUAAAAUGGGGUCUGGGGCACAGGUUAGAAUGGGGCUGCAUUUAGCUUGAUGAUCCACAAGUUGUCCUAGUGGCUAUAUGUGGGUUGAAUGACUGCUGUGGUGCUGCGACCAGGGUGGGGAUUGGCUGCUUGGAAAGAGAAACGUGCUAGUGUGUAUGGCUGUGUGGAUGCCCUUGGGGUGCAUGAGUGGGGCGAAGUGAAGCCCUAUUGUGUUGAGAUUUGUGUGACGUUUUUGGUGGUGAGGAGGCUUUUUGUUUUGUUGUUGUCGUUGCUUGAGCCAGUAGAAGCAUACAGCCAGAUAUCUCGGCUUAUCAGGUCAACCACAACCAGUGUUCCCUCUAAGCUGAGUUAGUGUGAGCUAGCUCACAGUUUUUUAG